AUGUCUCUCUUCGGCAGCACACCCACUGCUAGCACUUUUGGCAACACUGCCAAUAAGCCCAGCACUUUUGGUGGCCUUGGCUCCAGUACAACCACGGGAACUGGCCAAGGAUUGUUCGGCAGUGCGACUCAGACUCAACCACAAGCCACGACGACAUCCAACCUGUUCGGCACGCCGGCAACCCAGACAGCCAGCAUGUUCGGCACGAGUACCGCGCAGAAACCGGCUGCCACUACCUUCGGUACGGCGCAACAGCAACAGCCCAGUAUGUUUUCUACAACAACCGCACAGAAGCCUGCAACGAGUAUGUUUGGAGCCACUGCGCCGCAGCAGCAAACGCAACAACCCGCAGGUGGAUCUCUUUUUGGGUCUGCUUUCGGUGCCACUACCCAGCAGGCCCCGCAGCAACAACAGCAGCAGCAGCAGCAACCCCAGCAGUCUCAGUUUGGACAAACGACUAUGGUUCAGCCACAAGGUCAGCCGCAGGAACAAUCCUUGUCAUCAAGCCUGUGGUCUCCCGGCCGUGCCAUCACUGGAGUACACCGAACCGUCCCCAUGCAGAUUGCCAUUGUCAGGGACAAAUGGGAUGCGCAAAUUCGAUCUUCUCCGUUCCGCGCCUAUCUCUACAACCACGUUGGUGAAGAUAAUGCCCCAUUCUUCCAGCCCGGCUUCGAAGACGACGAGACGAAAUGGGAGGAGGCUCUGCGGAAGCGCCCCGGGUCGGGUUAUGUGCCCGUACUCGUCAAGGGCUUCAUGGACCUCGGCAAGCGUGCUCAGCGCCAGAAGGACUUCCUUGCCAUUCUGCAGACACGCCUUCAUGAGAUCAACAACUGCUUGACUGAUCUACUGUCACGACAUGAUCUGAAGAUCUCAGUCCAGGUUGCAGAUGCCCGCCGAAAGCACAUCGUUCUGAGCAAGCGCUGUCUAGCCCUGGCGGCUAAGACGCAAAUGCUGCGAAACCGCGGUUACGCUAUGGAUGAUGCUGAGGAGGAGCUGAAGAAGAAAUUGACUCAGCUGGAGCGCUCUGUCUUUGACCCGUCCCUGAAUGGUCGCGGCGAGGAGAUUUGGGCUCGUAUGCUAGCCAUUCACGAACACUCGAAGCGUCUACAAGUUGAGAUGGACCGUGCGGGAGCGAACGUCACAGCAAAUGGAGAGGACGAGAUUGAUGAGCAGACCAUGAAGACAGCAAAGAAGAUUCUUGAUGACUAUCAUGCUCAGAUCCAGCACUUGCAAAAGGAAAUGGAGGUGGUAAAGAAGGAUUUCGAAGAGGCGCAGAAGCUGGGUGGGAAGUAG